AUGGCGUGGAGGCCACUGGUGGCGCGUGUCAAGAGCUGGACGCGUGAGGCGUAUGUGCCUCUCCGCGUCAUGCUGCACCCGGACGAGGGUGAGGUCUGGGGACGCGCGCUGGGCGUCCAGGGCCCUUGCACGUCGGUCCGCCUGAGCAAGUUCAGCGACUUGCUGGAGGUGACGGAGAGCGAGAUCGUCAUGAAGCCGCGGUUCCGCACCAUCGAGGAGCGCUCGCGAGCUUUCCAGACGAUGGAGGCCGAGUUGAAGCAGGAAGGGGCCUUCCCCUUCUGGCAGGACGAAUUCUACACGGCCAAGACGACCUUCUCCAGCCCGACGCUCUUCACGUAUCAUCGUGGCGUUGGCCCCUACUUUGGCCUCAGCCAGUUCGCUACGCACCUCAACGGGUUUGUGCGCGACAAGGAGACCGGAGCUGUGACGCACGUCUGGAUCGCGACGCGUAGCGCCUCCAAGAAGCGCUGGCCUCUCAUGCGCGAUACCAUUGUAGGCGGGGGACUGCCUGCGGGCAUCUCGGCACUUGACAACAUGGUGAAGGAAGCACAGGAAGAGGCGGGGCUGGAGCCGUCAUGGACUCGGCCGCGACUCGUAGCUGCUGGCAGCAUCUCCUACGUGUCCAAACACCCGUACGGACUGACGAACGACACGAUGCUCAUUUUCGACGUGGAGUUACCCGUGGAUAUCGUUCCGGCGAACCAGGAUGGCGAGGUGGAGAGCUUCGACCUGCUGCCGGUGCAAGACGCGCUGGCUCGCCUGUGGUCGGAGCCCGAGCGCUUCAAGCCUGACGUGUGUCUGCUGCUGCUCGACUUCUUCGUCCGCCACGGAGUCCUCACGGCCGACAACUUCGCGGACUACGAGGAGCUCCAGCGAGCGCUGCGCAAUACGGAGAACCCGUACGAAGCGGCCAACCGCGCAUGA